AUGGCUCGAAUUGCUCAUCGUCCAGGUGGGUUUAAUUUGCCCAAAAAGAAGCACAAUUCUGGUAGACAUCGUACAAAAGGAGAAAUUAACAGAAUACAAACAGGAAAAAUUGAUAUUAAGGUAUCUUCAAAAAAACAUAAAUCUCUUGUAGGAAGAAAUCAACGUAAAUUAACAGGAAAAGAAAGAAGAAUGAUGCAUAGAAAUCAAAUUCUAACUGAAAAACGAUUGAAAGGUUUAAAAUGUGCUGCAAUUGUGACGGUAGUAUCUUUUGAUUUUGGAUUUAAAGUUGAUAAAUUUAUUGAAGCUAUUGUUGCUCAUGAAGAUAUUGAAUAUAAAUUCAAUCCAGCAAAUACAGUUUUAUAUGCAAAAUUGAAACGUUUUCAAAAUGCUCAAUUAGGAUUUAUGAUUCCUGAGUAUGGUAAUAUUGAUGCAGUUUACAAUUGCUUAAAAACAUCAGAUAUUAUGAUGAUUAUUUGGCCAGGAAAUGGAGAAUUAUCAGAAACACAAAAAGACUUUAUUCGCCACGUAAAAGCUUUUGGUGCUCCUUCUGUUAUUCAUUUUACACCUUCUGUCACUAAUCAAAAAGAGAAAAGUCAAAAUAAACAAAUUCUUGAUAAAGUGAUUAGUAAUUGGGCAUUUGGAGAAGAAAAAUUUCAUUAUUUAGAUACAAAAGACAUAUAUAAUUCUUUACGGCUAAUAAAAGAUUAUAAGAAAAAACCUAUGGCUAUUCAAGUUAAAAGAAGUUUUUUAGUUGCUGAUGAUAUAAGUGUUAUUGGAGAUCCAGAAGAAUAUAUAACCGCUAUAAAAUGUGUCGUUCGUGGAGCUCCUUUAAAUCCAAAUAGACUUUUAUGUCUUCAAAGUGUUGGCAAUUUCCAAAUAGCAAAAAUUGUUGAAACAGAUUCUUUAUGGGAUACAAAAGAUGGAUCUUUUGAACUUCAUCCUAAACCUGGAAAAAGAGAAUGGAUACCAGAUCAUGAGAAGCAAGAAGAUCUUCAAGAAUCUAUAAUUCCAGAUCCAAUGGAAGGAGAACAAACUUGGCCAUCAAAAGAUGAUUAUGAAAUGGCAAAAAAACCUAGCGAAAUAAUUAAUGAAUCAACAAAAAAAAUUACAGUUAAAGUACCAAAAGGAACAUCAGACUAUCAGGCUGCAUGGUUUGUAAAUGAUGAUGAAGAGAAUGAUGAUGAUGAUGAUGAUCAAGAAAUGGAUGAGUGUAUGUCUGAUGAAGAGAAUUGGGAACCUAAAGAGGAAGAUGAGGAGGAAGAUACUAGAACUAUAAUGGAUGACAAUGCAACAAUUCAUAUGAAUGAACAAGAUAUGGAAGAGGAUAAUGAAGCAUAUGACAUUUAUAAAGAUGCUCGUUCUCAUGCCAAUUUCCCAGAUGAAAUUGAAACCCCAAAAGAUGUACUUGCCAAACAACGUUUUCAAAAAUAUAGAGGAUUAAAAUCAUUUAAAAAUGCAAAAUGGGAUCCAAAAGAAAAUUUGCCUUUUGAUUAUGCUAGAAUUUUUAAGAUUUCAGAUUAUUUACAUACUAAAAAAAUUAUAAGUAAAGAAGUUGAAGAAGAUUUUAAUGAUGAUAAAUCAGCUGUCCCACUAGGUACAUCUUGUAUUGUUUUCUUAAAAAAUGCUCCAAUACACAUAUUCGAUCGUUUUGUUGAAGGAGCUCCACUUGUUAUGUAUCAACUUCUUAGACAUGAACAAAAAAUGUCUGUUAUGAAUAUUGUUCUUAAAAGAGUUCAAGGUUUUGAUGAUAUUGUUAAGAACAAAGCUAGGAUGAUUUUCCAAGUUGGUUUUAGAAAAUUUGCAGCUGAACCUAUUUUUUCACAACAUACAAAUGGAGAUAAAUUUAAGAUGGAACGUUUCAUGCCUGAAGAGGGAGCAUUUGUAGCUACUAUAUAUGCACCUAUUACUUAUACUCCAUGUCCAGUUGUCGCUUAUGUCGAAACUGACGAUGGUCGUCAUAAAUUAGCAGCAACUGGAAGUGUUCUCAAUUUGAAUCCAGAUAGAAUCAUUCUUAAAAGAACUGUUCUUAGUGGACAUCCUUUCAAAAUCAAUAAAAGAUCUGUAGUGUGUAGAUAUAUGUUUUUUAACAAAGAUGAUAUUGAAUAUUUUAAACCUCUUGAAUUAUGGACACCUUCUGGAGCCAGGGGUCAUAUUAAAGAAUCACUUGGUACUCAUGGAUUAUUUAAAUGUACUUUUGAUAAACAAUUAAGUGCUAUGGAUGUUAUAUUGUUAAAUUUAUACAAAAGAGUCUACCCAAAAUGGAAUUUAGAUCAAUGUAUUCCACCAGCAAAGUGGACCUUAAGUAAUUAUCCACAUGGUAUAAUACCUUUUAGUGCUCUUAAACCUUCUACAUGA